AUGAAAUAUUACAUACAAGAAACAAAAUGGAAACAAAUUUUUGCAAAUUUGAAAAGCGUAAAAGGAAUACACAGUAAAAACGAAGAUCGGAUAAGAAGGUUCAUGGAAUCAGUGUGGUACAUGGCUCGAAGUGGUUGCCAAUGGCGACUUUUACCAGAAAUAUAUGGCAAUUACAGAAGCGUACAUAAGAGAUUCAAAAAGUGGUGUGAAAAGGGAAUUUGGGAAAAGCUGCUCAAAUAUACACAAGAUCCAGAUUUGGAAGUGCAAAUGAUAGAUGGAACAAUCGUUAGAGCACAUGCUUGUGCGGCUGGAUACAAGAAGGAUACCGGAGCUCAAGAAGCACUGGGACGCAGCAAAGGUGGCUUUACAACAAAGAUACAUGCUCUUGUUGAUGCUCUGGGAAAUCCGCUUAAAUUUACUUUAACUGCUGGUCAAAGGAACGAUAUUACACAGGCUGAAGCAUUAACUGAGAAUGUCUCAAAUUCAGUUGUGGUGGCCGAUAAGGGCUAUGAUAGUAAUGCUUUUAUUGUGGGUCUUGAGAAUAAAGGGUGUGAGGUUGUUAUUCCUCCGAAGCGUAACCGAAAAGUGCAGAGGUAUUAUGAUGAGCAUAUUUAUAAAGAACGUCAUUUGAUUGAAUGCUUUUUCGGCAAAAUAAAACAUUUUAGGCGGAUUUUUUCAAGAUUUGAUAAGACUGCCACGGUUUAUUUAGGCUUUUUAAACUUCGUUGGGGCCCUCAUAUGGCUUGCUUAAAAUUUUGGUUCACAGAGCCUAGGGCUUAUGAUUGCCCUGGUAGCUACGGUUAUAUAUAUUCUGCUAUUUGUANACAAUAUUACUCGCAACAUUGAUUCCAGCUACAAUUGCAAUAUUACUAACAGUUUAUAAUAAGCAAAGUGUCAAAGAUCUUUUUAAACUUAGCUCACUAAAAAACUGUUCACUAGGGCUUAUGAUUGCCCUGGUAGCUACGGUUAUAUAUAUUCUGCUAUUUGUAUUAACUGUAAAAUUCACACAGGUAACAGAACCUGCACUUACACCAGAGGAGAUGUCAGACUUUAAUGUAAAUACACCAUCUUUUCUGUUGGAAAAUUUCAUAAUACUGAUUAUCACUUCUCUUGGCAAAGAGAUAGGUUGGCGUGGCUAUUUGCUCACAAAUCUUAAAGAUCAGAUACCAAAUUUUUAUGUGAGAGCAAUUGCUGUAGGUCUUAUUGUGGCAAUAUGGCACAUGCCAAUAUUUCAAGUUACGGGUCCAUUAUCCUGGAAUGAUGGACUUACAUUCUCGAUUGCUUGCACCUUUACACUCUUCUGUUGUGUAGAGUCUAUAGUAUACACUUGGUUAUUUGAAAAAGAUAAUUCGAUUUGGCCUGUGACUAUCGCUCAUGUAACAAUGCAUUUUAUGAUUCAGAUGAUUGCAAUGUCCUUUACUAUAAUGUCUCUUUCUGCAUCAACUGUCAUAACACCGAUGAACGACGCGAUAUCACUCACUAUCGCUUAUUUAAUCGUUGCAAUUGGUAUCAUUUUGUUUGAAAACACUCAAGGGCGCAGUUUAAGUGUAUGA